AUGGUGGGUGUGUUGAGAUUGAAGGGUUCUAACCACAUCUCACAUCUUGAGGAACAUAAUAAAAAUGAUCACACAAAUUAUCACAUAAAUGAUCACACAAAUUAUCACACAAAUUAUCACACAAAUUAUCACAUAAAUUAUCACAUAAAUUAUCACGCAAAUGGUCACCAACAAAUAUCUCCAUCCAAAGAUAUCAGAGUUGGAAAUAAAAAAAAAAAAAGAAAAAAAAGUAGCAAUUGUGUAGAAUCAAAUCGAAAUAAAAUAAUAGAAAUGACCCAAAACGAGGACAAAAUGAAUUAUGAUAAUAUAAAAUAUUCAGAUUUAAAAAAAAAAAAAAAAAAAAAAAAAAAUUUUUCUAAAAUUUUUGUUAAAACGAUAAAUAUGUUAUUUAAAGAAAUUUUUGUAAAAUCGUUUCAAACAAUGUUAUCAUAUGCUAUAACAUCAUCAUUUUUUAUUUUAUUAAAUGUAUAUAUGUCUAAUAGUUGUAAAUAUGAAGAAAUGGCUGGAUUUGGUAUAUCUUUAUCUAUUAUAUCUUUGUUAAAUUCGGUAGUAGAAGGGUUUUGUAGUAGUUUAGAUUAUUUUUGUAGUCAAUCUAUUGGAAUGAAAUGUAUAUAUAAUUCUUUUUUAUUUUUAAAUAGUGCAUAUUUUUUAUUUUUUAUUUUUUAUAUAUUACUUAUUUUUAUAUUUUUUUUAAUCAAAUUUUUAAUUUAUUAUGCAAUAGAUCUUAAAUAUAUUAACAUUUUCAUGGAUAAUAAUGUUACACAAAUAUAUUACUAUAAAAUAAUGAUAGUAUUUUUUUCAAGUUUCAAAAUUUUAUUAUUUUCAUUUUAUCCAUAUUUUUUAUUUGAAUCUACUAGACGAUUUUUAAUUUUGCAUAAUAAUAUUUAUCCAAGUUUAUUUACAUCUUUUCUUUCAUUUUGUGUAUUAAAUUUUUUAUGUUAUAUUUUUGUUUUUAUAUUUUCUAUGACUCAUUUUGGUGUAUCUUUAGCAUGGCUUAUAACAAAUAUUAUUAGUUGUUUUUUUAUUUUAUAUUUUUUGAGAAAUUAUAUUCAAGAGUGUUCAUUACUUUUAGAGUUAGAUGUUAGAACCCCUUUUCUGUCUCCAAAAUGUAAAUCUGAAGAAAAUAUCAUAGAACCCAUUUUUACUUGUUCAAUAAAUAAUAUAGAUGCACACCAAUAUAUUCAAAAUAAAAAUGAACAUUACCAUAUUUUAGAUAUUGAAAAAAAAACAAAUUUAAAUAAAAAUGAUGUAAAUAUAUUUUUAUCAAAAAAUCAAGUAUGCAAAAUAAUUUUUUUAUUUUUUCAUAUUCCCUCAAAAAAUAUUAGAAAUAAAUUUUUAAACAUAACAAAAACAAAUAUUAAAAAUAUAUUUUUUGAAAUAUUAUCAUUUGAAAUGCAGUUACUUGAAUCAGCAUAUUUAAAUUUAACAUCGGUUGCAGUGUUUAUUCAAAUAAAUAAUAUGAUGGGUCUUGUUUAUAAUGUAUCACAUUCUUAUGGUAUAUUUUUAGCAAAACUUAUGGGAAUAUAUAUAUCUCGAAAAAAGAGAAUACAAGAAAAUUCCCCAAAAAAUAAUAAAAAUUUAUCAGAUUUUAUAGAUACAAAUAUAGAAUCAAUUUUUUUAGAUAAAAUACAAUUAGCAAUUUCAUUUAUUUUAUUAUUAUUAUUUCUUUAUAUUUCUUUAGCAAUUAUAUAUAUAUAUCAUGAACAAAUUAUCACAUUUUUUUACACUAAUAUAGAAAUAAGGAAUUAUUUAAUUAAAAAUUUUUUUAUAAUAACAAUUCAGUUCCUUUUAGAAGUUUUGGCAGCUUUCCUAAAUAAUAUAAUAAAGGGAAUGGGAUUACAAGAUAAAAUAUCUUUUUUUACAUUUAUAAAUUUUAUGUUAUUAAUGCAACCAUUAGGUCUUAUUUUAACUUUUUUUUUUUCUUUAGAUAUUUAUGGGUUUGUAUAUUCAACUAUAAUUAGCAUGACAAUUCAAAUUUGUUAUUUAUCCGCAUUUAUAUUUAAAGCUCUUUAA